AACAUCAAUGUCGCCACCACCACUACAGCCAACAUCUCAAUCAUCAUCAUUUUCAAUGUCAUUGAAACAGAAAAUUUUACCCGAAUCAUUGAAUCGUGCACAUUCCACUACAUCACUUUCAUCUUCUACUGCAUCGUUUCUAACCAAUCCAACUGGAUCAUUAUCAUUUAGAAAAUUUGAGGAGAAAAAACGUCAACAAUCUGAAAAGAAUCGUAUAAAAUCAAUUUUUAAACGUGCAUCAACAUUUCGUGAAUAUCGUUCAUCAUCGGCAGCUAGUUCUAGUCAACAACAUUCGAAUAGCAACAACAAUAGCCAGCAUACUACACAGGAAAAUAAUUCAUGGCCAUUUUUUUCAUUGGAACGUCCAUUCGAAGAAGUUUUAGCAAAAUUCUAUCCUGAUUAUGCAUUACGUGAUAUUAAUGUCAAUGUUGCGAAAUGUGUAGAAAAAGUGAAUAAAUUACUGAAUCGUGGUACCUCGAUUGAAGAUCUAACGGAAUUAAUGCAUGAUUUUUAUUCUACAAUGGAAAAUCGUUUUCAAACAAGUCCACAUUAUAAAGAUGUCAAUAGCGUUCAAUUCUCACAGCUUAUUGAUCAGACAGAAAAAAUUCUAAUGAAUAAAUUAUAUACAAAUUUAUUUGCACGUGUCCAAAACGAAGAAGAAGAACGUGAUCUGGAAUUGCAGAAAAAGAUUCGAAAUCUAAAUUGGAUAAUGUCUAAUCAUUUGGAUAUUGAAAUCAAUCUCAGACAUCCUAAGGUUAAAGAUUUAAUGGAUCAAGCAAUAACGGAAAUUAGUGAAGUUGAUUCGAAACAAAUUCCUUACGAAAAAUUGGAUGCUAUUGUUCGAUGUUCGAAAACAAUUUUUGAAAUGUUACAAAUUGACAAUAAUGCUGCCAUUUCGGCGGAUCAAUUUUUACCGGCAUUAGUUUUUGUCAUAAUAAAUGCUAAUCCGCCAUUAUUACAAUCGAAUAUAAAAUUUAUAACACGUUUUAGCACACCAUCACGUCUAAUGACUGGUGAAGCUGGCUAUUAUUUCACAAAUCUUUGUUGUGCGACAACAUUUAUCGAAAAAAUUUCUGGUGAAUCACUUAAUAUGAGUGAAAGUGAUUUUCAGAGCUAUAUAAAUGGUGAAGCACAGCCACCGGGCUAUUAUAAACAAUCAUUUCUAUGUGAACCAUUUCGUAUAAUGAAUUCUAAUCAUACGAUAUUAAAUGAUACAAUUAAACGUAAUGCUCAAUGGUUAGAAAAUCUUGACUAUCUAGAAAAACGUAUGGAUCGUUUUGAACAAAUAUUUGAAAAUAAGUGCCGUGUGGCUAUCGAUUCAUCGAAAGAAAUGAUUGCCCAACAUUCAACAUAUAAAAUUUUCGACACAGCUAGUGUUGAUGAUGUUGAUCCAUUAUUAUUUCCGGAAAAUUUUCGUGAAACAUACAAAAAACAUAGACAACAAAAAAAGGAAAAAGAAAACCUUUUGAUUGAAAUUGAAUCAACAUCAUCAUCACCAAAUCUAAAUAUCAAUGAUGUAUCUGUCGAUAGUCAAAUUGUCUGUGAUCAGUUAGCUUCAAUCGAUUUUAAUCAUGAUUCAUCAAUCGAACCUUUGACGGUGGAAACAAACGACGACGAUAAGGACAACAACAACGAUAAUGAUGAUGAUGGUGGUGGAUUUCCAAAACUUCCAAAUCCAUUAUGUCCAGAACCUAUUUCAACAACAACGACGGUCAACUCAAAUUCAGAUCAAUCGGAAAAAACAAGCGAAUAGCAAACCAAAACAAAAAAAAACGUUGCAAUUAAUUUAUAAAAAAAAAUUUUAAUUCCACUAGAUUGAAAAAAAAGAGUGUUUGUGUUGUAUGAUGUUUUAGUAGGAGAAAAUUUAUUUAAAAAAUUUUUUUUUGUUGUGAAAAAUAUUAC